CAUAGAAAAGUAGGAUUUUCCGAAGGACGUGGCGAAACUCAAUACUGAUUAAUGAAGACGAGGAAAAGCCUAAGUCUAAAAAAAAACCCCAGCCUAAUAAAAUCCUAGACUCGCCAUCUUCCGUGUACACGUAUUAGACGAGUUGGCGGACGAGAAGGAACACGUGGGUAUAAACACACACACACUCGAAUUAUUGAUAAUGAGUCUCAGGGUCGUAACACCACAGCGUCUCAUGUUUGUGCUAGUUUUAGUAAUUUCCUUGCACGUCUGUGAAUCUAAGCGUCAAAGCAAGCAUAAGGAAAAUGGUAGCUUUUUACCUGAUAUUAACCUGUGGGAGACCCUGAAUAAAUACAUAACCCGGGUGAUAAAGCCAGACACUCUUUUCCUCGAGUCAGGCAAGAGGACCAUUGACAAAGUUGUCAAGUACUUGCACCAGAAGUUGCAUCCUGCCCUCCAGAGUUGCCUGAAAGACGUUCUCCCACCCGGAGAGCUUAAGAAAGUCAACAUCAACAAGAUAGUCAAGGGCGGAUCUCUGGGUAAAUCGACUGCUGUGAAGAACAAGUCGGAUAUCGAUUUAGUCAUAUUCCUCAAUGGUAUUGAGACAGUGAGCAAGUUGCGAGAUGUGAUGCCCAACAUCCUCGAAUGUCUGGAGGGUCUGCUGGACACCCUGGUGAACGAUGGACAACAGCCCUGGGCUAGAAGAUUCAGACACCUGUACAAGUCAAAAUUUGCGGUGCCAAUUGAACUGGAGACCAUGAACGACCUCGAUGAGAAGGACACGAGAGAGAUCGACCUGUUACCUGCUGUGGACAUCAUCAAGUCAGUUGGUUCAAUCAAGAAAAUUUACGAAGAAAUGGACUCUGUUGACGAUAACCUGCGGCGAUAUUUCUCAGCCAGUUUGUCUCCACUUCAGCUCAAGUUUGUCCAGGAGGCCACGGCCUCGGCUAAAGUGAAAGAUCUCAUUCAGUUUAUGAAACACUGGGCCAAGGUUAACGAUGUUCCGGUUCGAUCGUAUUUCCUCGAGCUGGUGGUCAUCCACGUCCAGCGGGAACACCCAGAACGUGACUUCGACAUCGACGAGCGAUGCAAAGACGUCUUCCGGGUGCUCGCCAGAUGUGACGGUUUGAAAAUAGUGUUCAACAACAACUACGACGUCACCUUGUAUCGUAAUGCGAAAACAAAUGAAGUGCCACAUGUUCUGUGUCCAUCGAAUCCAUAUAUGAACACAGCUCCGAACGUCCAUAACGCUAAAAUCGUAUCCAGAUUGGCAAAAGAAGCUCUCGAUUACUUGGACUCUACAAACUAAUAUUACCACCAUCACCGUGUCUUGAAUAUAUUCAUAAGGGUACGAGACGAGGUGGGGGGGGGGGGGGGGGCAACUGCCCUCCUGGUGCUGGAACAAAUCAUCAAAUUCGGGCAAAAACGAUGGAGAUAUUUGGGCGAAGUGCGCUAAACUGAGGCCUUUUGACAAUGUAUUUCCAUCAUUCAACACGCAAAAUUAGCAAUCUGAUUAAAAUUAUCUCUACUGGUCUACCAAUAGAUCUAACAGCAUUGCGUGGACUGUCAUGUCCAGGUGACAUUUCAUCUAUAAAU